UAUAUACUAAAGUAAUGUCAGGUGUCAGAUUUAUCAAUCAAUUUCUCAACAAAAAAUUGGAGUAAAAUGACCUAUCCAGAAAUUUCUCAUGAAUUUUCUUACCCGUAGGGUUUUUCUAUGUUCUGGAUUGGUUCCAGAGAAAUUUGUGCGGAUUAUUUUUAUGUGUUUGUGAAGUGCUUAUUGCCUAGUGUUCAAAUGGCUGGGGCUAAUGAUCGACCACCCUAUCCAAAUAACGACACAAGUAGUGAUACCGAAGACUACACGGAUGAUCGAAGAAGAAGGGUGUUCAAGAAUCGCAUGAGUUAUGGAUCAAUGUCGAAGCCAAAGUCAUGCCUUGUACAGAGGUCCAUGUCCCUAACGGAAACUAGGUGCCAUUCAGUAGCUACGCCUAAGCAAUGUCUCAAUGCUCCUCGCAAUAGGUCGCGCACACUUAUACAAUCUACCGGAUCCAUCAAAUCGGCAUCCCAAACGAACGGUUCAGGCAAUAUGAGCGAGGAUAGGGUAACCCUUGUCGUGGACAACACAAGAUUCGUAGUUGAUCCAGCAAUAUUCACAGCCCAUCCAAAUACAAUGUUAGGAAGGAUGUUCAGCACAUCUCUAGAAUUUACCCAUCCUAAUGAUCGCGGGGAAUUUGAAGUAGCCGAAGGCAUACCAGCUUCUAUUUUCAGAGCUAUUUUGGAAUUUUACAAAGGAGGUCUCAUCAAAUGUCCACCCUCAGUUUCCGUACAGGAGUUGAGAGAAGCUUGCGACUACCUUCUUGUACCCUUUGAUGCCAAUACAGUACGAUGCCAAAACUUGAUAACACUUACAGGUUACCCAACCUAUAAGGAAAAAGUCAAAAAACGUCCAGGCGGAAGGGCGGAAGUUAUAUACAACUAUGUCCAGAGGCCCUUCAUUCACAUGUCCUGGGAAAAGGAAGAAGCGAAAAGCCGACACGUUGACUUCCAGUGUGUGAAGUCGAAGAGCGUAACUAAUCUGGCCGAGGCCACCGCUGAUCCCGUUUUAGAGUUGGAUUCUAGAGGAAAUCCAAUUGCUUCUUCGCUGAUGAACGCAAUACCACAAGUAUUGCCAGUCGAUGUACAUUUGGGGGUUGAAAAUGAAGAAGGGGCAGUCGGAGGAGUUCCAGAUCUCGAUAUUGUUAACAAUUUGCCGCCUGAUGAGCCAAAUUUGUAAUAAAUUAUCAACUUUUGUUGCGCUGUAAUGUAGGAUUGUUGUAGCAGCUCAUUAUCCUUGGAGUGUUUGGGUGUGACAAUUUACGUUAUAGUAAUUGGUGGUUAAAACUACAUAUAGUUAAUAUGAAAGAAUUUUUUCAUGAUAUUUCAUGUUUGUAUCACACUUUUGUAUAUAAUCACGUUUUUCGGCACAAUGUUCAUUGCGGUAUUUAGUAAUUGUGAUACGUUUCACUUUGUAUUCCGUGAGAGAAAAAAUUGAUGCACUGAUAUUGGCUGUGCCCCCUGCUCACAAAAAGUGUCAUUCAAGUCCGUCUAACUAGCAUUCCCACGGUCUGAAAUGUCCACUAAUAUCUGAACCUUUGAGACUGAGAUCAAAUUAUAUGUUAAACAAGUGUUGUUUCAAUUUCAAAUCCUAUUGUGAUCAUUGAAUGAAAGGAUUAAUUCUAAUAUGUUGUAUUGUUCUUAUCAAAAGUACGGGAAAGUUGACUGAAGGUCUAUUAGGCCACACACUGAAUUGAGCAUAGAAUCGAAUUCUAAAUUAUCAAUCUAUACAAUCCUCAUGAGGUUAUGAAGCCAUAAAAUUGCUGGUUCAAUUCAGUUUUGUUUUUUUUUUAAGAGCCUUUGUCAUAUGACUGAAAAUGUUGAAUUUUGUAAUGCUCUUCCCCAAUAGGAGAAAAAUAUUUCUGUGUGCUUAUUAUGACUGUAAAUUAAGAUUUUUGUACUCGUUUUAUUAAAAAAUGUCAAAAUAUAAAAUUUGAAUAGUA